UAUGUUUUUUUUUUUUUUGGUUUGAUAACCAAGGACCAAUUAUGUAUUGACCAUUGAAUUGACAAUUGACGGAAAUUGUAUUGAUAUGUGACAGCUUUUUUAAAAACAAUGUUUACAUUUAUUUGUAAUUUUAAAUAGUAAAUAAUAUUAAAUAAAUCUAUUCAUUUAAAGCUAUAAUAUGGACUACAAAGUGUGUCGACUAUGUUGUGAAAAUGACGCUACAUCUUACAUCUACCAAAUGGACACCGAUAAUGUAGAUAUUAGAGCCAAAAUUAUGUAUUGUUGUUCGAAGCUUGUAAUCAAGGAAGAUGACGGGCUGCCGUCUUAUAUAUGCAUUCGUUGUGAGCAAGAGCUCCAAAAUUAUUACCGGUUUGUGUUAAAAUGUGAGGCAGCUGAAAAGAAACUGCGCGACCAAUGUUACGAUGUCGCGCUAAAUUCCGGCGCCCGGUACGGCGACUACGAACCAAAAGUGGAAAUUAAAAGUGAAUUAAAUGACGAUGACCAUCAAUACGAUGAAGAACCGCCAGACAAUAGUGAGGUGAACAAUUUUAUUGAGUCUAAAAGUCAAGUUAGGAAAAAAAGGGCUUACAAAAAAAGGACAUCAUACAAAUCCUUAGAGUCGCUAAAAUGCACUGUGUGCGGGCGCAUAUGCGCACACCCGUCCGCGCUAGCAGCACAUAUGCGAGUGCACACAAAUGAAAAACCAUACCUUUGUACAUUAUGUGAUAAGAGGUACAAAGACAGCAGCAAUUUAAAAAGGCAUAUAAACAGAAACCAUCAUUUGCAAAGGGAAAGGAAUUUUGUGUGUGAACAUUGCGGCAAAGGGUUUUAUUCCAGAAGGGAUAUUAGGGUUCACAUGAGGACACACACUGGUGAAACUCCAUAUGUCUGUAAUAUUUGCUCAAAGAGCUUUGCACAAACAAGUACUUUGCUACGACAUAAACUGCGACAUGCCGGCACAAAAUCCCAUUCAUGCCCCACUUGUUCUAAAGCAUUUUGUACCAAAGAAGAAUUACGUAACCAUGCAAUGGUCCACACAACAGAGAAGAAAUUUUCAUGUCCAAUAUGCAAGAUAGCUUUCAAAUACUCAAACAAUGUAAGGAAACAUUUACGAAUGCAUAUGGAGCCAAAUAGAUUUGUCUGUAAUCACUGUGGACGGGCUUUCAAUUUGAAAGGGAAUUUGAAAAUGCACAUUGACAGACUUCAUUCGGAAAAAUCUGGCUUUUGUAAUAUUUGUUCUAAGAGUAUGUCAAAUAUAGAGGUGCAUAUGUGGCGCCAUACCGGACAACGUCCUUUAAAAUGUGAACUGUGCUCAAGCAGUUUCUUUGAACAGAAAGCAUUGGGACGUCACAUGAACUACAAACACAAGCAAACUGAGAAAUACAAAUGUCAUGUAGAUGGUUGCUUGAUGGGGUUCCCGUCAAAGCCUAUGCUAGAUGUGCACACAGCCAAGCUGCACACCACUAACAUUCCUUUUCCAUGUGACCGAUGUUCCCGUGGAUUUUACCGGAAGAAUGAUCUGGCCAGGCACAAGAUUGGCACUCAUAAAGAAAGACUGUUGUAGUUUUUCAGAAGCUAUAAAAAAUAUGAGACUGUAUUUUUGUUUAUAUAUUUAAGAUACUUUUAUUUCAUGAUCUAGUCUUUUAACUCAAUAAAUAACAUUGCCAUACCA